CUAUGCCUGCGAAAAAAAAUUGUUUGAAGCUCGUCUCCAAACGCCACUAAAAUCUUGACUUUUACUUCGUAUUGGUUGUGAACAUCGUUUUAACAAAGCAGCGACAAGCUCACCAUGACAGAUCUGACAGAGAGGAUUAAUACGUUUAUAUCAGACCUUAAGAAGGGGAGGGUGAAGGGUUCGUACGAUGUGGCCCAUCAGACCCUAUCGUUACUCCGGAGGGUCAUCGCCCAGACGCGAUGGGGCAGCGCGGCCGAGCUGAUGGCACGCAUCAGGCAGGAGGGACUGCGGAUGAUGGGUGCCCAGCCCUCCGAGUCGGCCGUGGGGAACAUGGUCCGGAGGGUCAUCAAGAUCAUCAGGGAAGAAUUUGCAGCAAUAAUCAAGGGCCAAAGCGUAGACUCGGCAGAUCAGCAGGAGUCGCUACACAAAAUGCUGGUGGCCGAGGGUCAAGUUGAUGAUUUCAGCAUUCCUAGUCCAAACCUCAAGGUUCGCGUCAUCGAGAGCAUCAAUGAGCUACUGACGGAGCUGGAGAGCAGCGCUGAUAACAUUGCCAUGCAGGCACUAGAACACAUCCACUCCAAUGAGGUCGUCAUGACCAUGGGCAAAUCACGCACGGUGCAAGCCUUCCUACUGAACGCAGCUCGGAAGCGCAAAUUCCAUGUAAUAGUAGCAGAAGGAGCACCAUCCUAUCAGGGUCAGCAAAUAGCAACGAGGUUAGCCGAAGAGAAGAUCCAAACCACGGUCAUCACGGACUCAGCCGUCUUUGCAGUCAUGUCACGGGUCAACAAAGUCAUCAUAGGAACGCACACGGUCAUGGCAAACGGCGGGUUGAAAGCCGUAAGUGGGAUCUAUGCCUUAGCACUGGCUGCCAAGCACCAUUCGGUUCCUCUGAUUGUGUGUGCCCCGAUGUUCAAACUGUCGCCCCAGCAUCUGUGCACGUACGAUCAGGAUGGUUUUAAUAAAUUUGAGUCGCCCCAAGAUGUGAUGAAGUUUGCUGAGGGCGACGUUCUCUCCAAGGUGCAGAUACACAACCCCGUCUUUGACUACGUCCCACCAGAGCUAGUCACCCUCUACUUGUCCAAUAUAGGUGGCAACGCACCAUCGUACGUGUACCGGUUACUCAGCGAGUUAUAUCACCCAGACGAUCAUAACCUGACUCAAGCAUAGAAUUCUCUCUCAACUACUGGGCUGCAGACAUUACUCACAUCUCCAGAAGAACGACAAAUAUUAUCAGUUAUUCCACGAGCGCGAGUGGAGCAACAAAUUCAUCUUCGAGCUAACGACACAGAUGAGAUGCAACUACGUUUUCUGUUGUCUCAUUUCAGCUGUUAUCCAAUAAGACGUUUGUACAGCAGGAAAAUGUGUGAAUUUUAGAAUAGCACGCGAUACAUGACGUGCAAUACAGAUCAUGGACUGCAAGAAGGUACCACAAUGUUGUUGCCAGGAUCGAGGAUUCAGGUUUGCUUGAAGAUAAAACAUCAAUGUAUGUGUUAAUGCCAUAGGUAGACACUAGCAGUCUGCCACCUCAUCAGCAACACCAGGCCCGGCCCUAGCUUCCUGGCCACUGGUCCCAAGGCUAGGUAACUUUUAACUUUCACUUGCCAACUAGUGGCCGGUAGGAUUUUUUAAACACUUUUUGAUGAUGGCUCUUUUGAGUGUCGUCUCUUGCCAGUCAUUCCAAUAUGCCAACAUUCUCCGAGAACUAUGGAGGGCGCUUGAGUGCAUGGAAGCUCAUCACUAUAGUUAUAAUGUCGCAGAACAUAAGACCCUUUUGAAGUCAACGUUGGGGUGUUUUGGAGGGCUUUGAAAGCAAGAGUUACGAAUUCUCAUGUUUAGUAAGAAAAGCCAGAGUUCGGGUGAAAAUUCCCAUCCAAGAUCUAAGCAACUUCAAACACAGUGGCCACUGUCCAGUGCCUUAUAAUGAAUUCUUAUCCGGGCAUUAUCGAAUCAGCAGUCAUCUUUUAUGGAAGCAGUACAGUUUUCUAGCACCCCCAAAGCAUUCUAACGUCUGAAAAUAAUGGCCAAAGUCUGCCUGGUUUAAAUGAAAUCCAGUUUUGGGAUUAAUUAUUUUGUAAUCUGGCGAACAAAAUUAAAAGCCAUAUUUUAAAUGGUGCAUGCGCAUGCUGCACGCAUUCUUAGAGACAAGGCGCUCGCAUUUUGGUAACCUGUUGGUCGAAGGACGUGCGUUUGUACUACCUGAGCGUGACUCGCGCUAGCCUUGGUGCCACUGCAGUGCCACCUCACAAAAUGGCUGUUGCCAAAUUAGUGUCUAUAUCACAUCAAAGUUUAAUAACCGCAAAACAAGAAAAAAAAAGAGGCGAAAUACACAGGAAAGAGUUUGUUAGGAUUUACAUAGAUGGUUUAUGGUAAGGCACUUUCAAGAUCAAGUACAGUUAAUACACAGAUUACCACCUUACAAAAAAAAAUUGGUUAACUAUCGGUGAUCAAUGAGAACAUGUUACAUGGAGGUAUAAAAAUUGGACCAAUUUGUUCUAAAUCUCCCCAAAGCCGU